AUGGGUCGAGACCAGGGUUCUGCGUCCUGCCCUCUCCUGUGGCGGUGGCUGUUGCUGGGGACCUUGAUAGUGGGAUUGUUGGCCCAGAGCGCCCUAGCGGGUGUGAAGAAGUAUGGUGCGGCCUGUGGAGGAAGAGACUGCAGUGGGGGCUGCCAGUGUUAUCCCGAGAAAGGAGGACGUGGUCAGCCAGGGCCAGUCGGCCCCCAGGGACACAGCGGCCCCCCAGGAUUACAAGGUUUCCCAGGAUUGCAGGGCCGAAAAGGCGACAAAGGAGAAAGGGGAGCUCCUGGGAUAACAGGCCCAAAAGGAGAUGUGGGAGCAAGAGGCGUUUCUGGAUUCCCUGGUGCCGAUGGAAUUCCGGGACAUCCAGGGCAAGGUGGACCCAGAGGAAAACCUGGUUAUGACGGCUGCAAUGGAACAAAAGGAGACGCGGGUCCCCAAGGUCCACCGGGCAUUGUAGGAGCUCCUGGAUACCCUGGACCUCAAGGACCAAAGGGACAGAAAGGUGAACCAUAUGCAUUAUCCCAAGAGGACCGUGACAAAUACAGGGGUGAACCUGGAGAGCCUGGUUUGGUUGGUUUCCAGGGACCUCCUGGCCGCCCUGGAUAUGCAGGACCCAUGGGUCCAGUUGGAGCUCCAGGGAGACCAGGACCACCUGGACCCCCUGGACCAAAAGGACAGCAAGGCAACAGAGGACUUGGAUUUUAUGGGAAAAAGGGUGAAAAGGGUGACAUAGGACAACCAGGACCGAAUGGAAUCCCAUCAGACAAUGACCAGGCCAGCACUGGGCCCACUAAAGACUUGAUUCACCCUGAGCAAUAUAAGGGUGAAAAAGGAAGUGAGGGGGAACAAGGAAAAAUAGGCAUUUCCUUGAAGGGAGAAGAAGGCAUCAUGGGUUUUCCAGGAACACGGGGUGCUGUUGGCUUUAAUGGUGAAAAAGGAUUGCCAGGCCAGAAAGGCAGCCGAGGAUUGGAUGGCUACCAAGGCCCUGAUGGACCUCGAGGACCCAAGGGAGAAAUGGGUGACCAAGGCCCCCCAGGACCACCUGCCUACUCUCCUCAUCCUUCCAUAGCUAAAGGUGCUAGAGGUGAUCCAGGAUUUUCAGGAGAUCAGGGGGAACCAGGAUUCCGGGGUGAACCAGGAGACCCUGGCCCACCAGGACCCCCAGGCAUAUCCACUGGAGAUGAAGCUACAGGGAGAGGCUUACCAGGUGAAAUGGGACCCAAAGGCUACGUGGGAGAACCAGGCAUCCCUGCAUUGUACCAUGGGCCACCUGGAAUUGAUGGAAGGCCAGGCCUCCAAGGACCUCCUGGACCCCCCGGCCCACCUGGACCAGAUGGUUACCUUUUUGGGCUUAAAGGAAGAACUGGAGAAGCAGGUUACCCUGGGGUUUCUGGCGUCCCAGGAGCUCGUGGACAGAAAGGAUGGAAAGGUGAGGCUGGGGACUGCAGAUGCGAAGGUCAGUUCUUCGGAGGUCUUCCGGGACUGCCAGGAGCCAAGGGUUUCCCAGGUGCCGCAGGAGAACCUGGCAGGAAAGGAGAGCAAGGCGACCAGGGCCAGCACGGCCUUCCUGGCUUCCCAGGGUUCAAGGGAGCCCCUGGUGACAUUGGACCUCCUGGGCCCAAAGGAAUAAAAGGAGAUUCUAGAGCCAUUACAACCAAAGGUGACAAGGGACAGCCAGGUAUCCCAGGUAUGCCUGGGAUGAAAGGUGAUGACGGUAUCCCAGGGCGCAGUGGACUCGAUGGGUUUCCAGGCCUUCCAGGUCCUCCUGGUGAUGGCAUCAGAGGCCCCACAGGAGAUGCUGGCUAUCCAGGUGUACCUGGAACGAAAGGAAUUCCAGGAGAAGUGGGUCCUCCAGGAUUAGGAUUACCAGGCCCAAAAGGUGAACGAGGUUUCCCCGGAGAUGUUGGACUACCUGGCCCACCAGGUUUCCCCGGUCCUCCUGGCAUCCCCGGCACUCCAGGACAAAUAGAUUGUGAUACAGAUGUGAAAAGGCCCAUUGGAAGUGUCGGACAAGACGUCAUCCCGCCAGGUUGUGUCAGAGGCCCCAAGGGUUCACCAGGCUUGCGAGGACCUCCUGGCCCCACAGGUGCCAAAGGCCUCCCAGGAUUACCAGGAUUCUCGGGACCCGAUGGGGAGCCAGGACUCAAGGGAUUCCCAGGAGAUCCAGGUCGUGAAGGAUUCCCAGGACCACAAGGCUUUGUAGGACCCCGAGGAUCUAAAGGUGCAACAGGACUCCCUGGGCCAGAUGGAUUGCCAGGUCCCAUAGGCCUUCCAGGGCCGGUAGGACCGCCAGGAGAAAGGGGGCUACCUGGAGAAGUCCUCGGAGCGCAGCCUGGACCCCGGGGGGAUGCUGGACUACCUGGACGCCUGGGGCUGAAGGGCCCACCCGGAGAAAGAGGGCCUCCUGGAUUCAGAGGAAGCCAGGGGAUGCCUGGCAUGCCAGGGCUGAAGGGUCAACCGGGCUUCCCUGGGCCUUCAGGCCAGCCAGGACUGCCAGGGCCACCCGGACAAUACGGAUUCCCAGGAGCUCCUGGACAACCAGGACCCUUGGGACUUCCAGGUGCUGUUGGCCGUGGAGGUCUUCCAGGUGACAGAGGGGAUCCAGGAGACGCGGGUGUCCCUGGCCCUGUGGGCAUGAAAGGGCUUGCUGGUGAUAGAGGGGACGCUGGCUUAUCUGGUGAGAGAGGACAUCCAGGAAGCCCUGGAUUCAAAGGAAUGGCUGGAAUGCCUGGUAUCCCUGGGCCAAAAGGUGACAGAGGUUCACCUGGAAUGGAUGGUUUCCAAGGCAUGGUUGGGCUUAAAGGAAGACCUGGCUAUCCAGGAAACAAAGGAGAGGCUGGAUUUUUUGGAAUUCCUGGUCCCAAAGGUCUGGCUGGUGAACCAGGUGUUAAAGGCAAUCGUGGGGAUCCCGGCCCCCCAGGACCACCUCCCGUUAUCCUGCCAGGAAUGAAAGACAUUAAAGGAGAAAAAGGAGAUGAAGGACCAAUGGGAUUGAAAGGAUACCUGGGCAUAAAAGGUCUUCAAGGAAUGCCCGGAGUGCCUGGGCAAUCAGGAAUUCCUGGGUUACCUGGGAAGCCCGGUUAUAUCAAAGGAAUAAAAGGAGACAUUGGAGUCCCCGGCAUGCCUGGUUUACCAGGAUUCCCUGGCGUGGCUGGUCCACCUGGAAUUAUAGGAUUUCCAGGGUUCACUGGGAGCAGGGGUGACAUGGGUGCACCAGGGAGAGCAGGUCUUUAUGGGGAGAUUGGACAGACAGGUGAUUUUGGUGAUGUUGGAGACACCAUCAAUUUACCAGGCAGCCCAGGCCUGAAAGGAGAACGAGGCAUCACUGGACUCCCAGGUUUAAAGGGAGUCUUUGGUGAGAGAGGAACAGAAGGCAGCCUUGGCUUCCCUGGGAUAACAGGCCUGAAAGGAGCCCAGGGUCCUCCUGGACUUAAAGGACAAACAGGCUUUCCAGGGUUAACGGGACUUCAGGGACCACAAGGGGAUCCUGGCCGGGCUGGACUGCCUGGCGAAAAAGGAGAUUAUGGCUGGCAGGGAACUCCAGGCUUACCAGGUCUUCCGGGCGUCCGAGGCCUUGUUGGACUUCACGGGUUACCAGGCACUAAGGGCUUACCAGGAUCCCCAGGUACAGACAUUAAUGGGGAGCCAGGUUUCCCAGGCACUACUGGAGACAGAGGUGACCGAGGAGAGCCCAACACCUUCCCAGGCUUUGCAGGAAUACCAGGACGCAAAGGGGAGCCAGGAGCACCAGGGGAACGAGGUCCAAUGGGGAGUCCAGGACUGCAGGGAUUUCCAGGUGUCACACCCUCUUCCAACAUCUCAGGGCCACCUGGUGACAUAGGGGCACCAGGAAUAUUUGGCCUACAAGGUUACCGAGGCCCACCAGGCCAACCUGGACCUGCUGCUCCCCCUGGAAGCAAAGGAGACACAGGGAAUCCCGGAGCUGUGGGAAACCCAGGGACCAAAGGAUGGGUGGGAGACCCUGGUGCCCAAGGCCGACCCGGUGUGCUUGGUCUCCCCGGAGAAAAAGGACCCAGAGGUGAACAAGGAUUCAUGGGAAACACUGGUGCAACAGGAAGUGUGGGUGACAGAGGUCCCAAAGGACCCAAAGGAGACAGAGGGUUCCCCGGUGCCCCUGGUUCUGUGGGAUCCCCAGGGAUUGCAGGAAUCCCCCAGAGAAUUGCUGCUGAACCAGGAACAUUGGGCCCUCAAGGAAGGAGAGGUCCUCCUGGGGCACAGGGAGAGAUGGGGCCCCAGGGCCCCCCAGGAGAACCAGGUUUCCGUGGAACACCAGGAAAGUCAGGUCCCCAGGGAAGAGGUGGCGUGUCUGCUGUCCCGGGAUUCCGUGGCGACCAAGGACCCAUGGGUCAUCAGGGCCCAAUUGGUCAAGAAGGUGAGCCAGGCCGUCCAGGGACCCCCGGCCUGCCUGGGAUGCCCGGCCGCAGCGUCAGCAUCGGCUAUCUCCUGGUGAAGCACAGCCAGACAGACCAGGAACCUAUGUGCCCAGUGGGUAUGAACAAGCUCUGGAGUGGAUACAGCCUGCUGUACUUUGAAGGCCAGGAGAAAGCCCACAACCAGGAUCUGGGUCUCGCAGGCUCCUGCCUGGCACGGUUCAGCACUAUGCCUUUCCUGUACUGCAAUCCUGGUGAUAUCUGCUACUAUGCUAGCCGGAACGAUAAGUCCUACUGGCUCUCCACCACUGCCCCACUACCCAUGAUGCCUGUGGCAGAAGAUGACAUCAAGCCCUACAUUAGCCGCUGCUCUGUAUGCGAGGCUCCAGCCGUGGCGAUAGCGGUCCACAGUCAAGAUGUCUCCAUUCCCCACUGCCCUGCUGGCUGGCGGAGUUUGUGGAUCGGCUAUUCCUUCCUCAUGCACACAGCCGCAGGGGAUGAAGGCGGUGGACAGUCGCUGGUGUCCCCUGGCAGCUGUCUGGAGGACUUCCGGGCCACACCUUUCAUCGAAUGCAAUGGGGGCCGAGGGACCUGCCAUUACUAUGCCAACAAGUACAGCUUUUGGCUCACCACCAUCCCCGAGCAGAACUUCCAGGGCUCCCCCUCGGCUGACACCCUCAAAGCCGGGCUCAUCCGGACGCACAUCAGCCGCUGCCAGGUGUGCAUGAAGAACCUGUGA